AUGACAGCCAUGGAAGAGCUUACUCUCCUUGCAGGUCUGGCCCUUCUGCUGAAUGCUCAUCUAGGUUCCGCUUACCAGCUGACAUGCUACUUCACUAACUGGGCCCAGUAUUGGCCAGGCCUGGGGCACUUCAAGCCUGAUGACAUUGACUCCUGCCUAUGUACUCACCUGAUCUAUGACUUUGCUGGGAUGAGGAACAAUGAGAUCGCCACCAUUGAAUGGGAUGAUGUGGCUUUCUACCAAGCUUUCAAUGGCCUGAAAAACAAGAACAGCCAGCUUAAAAUUCUCCUGGCCAUUGGAGGCUGGAACUUUGGAACUGCCCCAUAAGUCCUCUGUGGGAGAGCCUGCUUCACUGCCAUGGUUUCCACUUCUGAGAACCACCAGACUUUCAUUGCCUCGGUCAUCAAAUUUCUGCACCAGUAUGAGUUUGAUGGACUGGACUUUGAGUGGGAGUAUACUGGCUCUUGUGGGAGCCCUCCUCAGGACAAGCAUCUCUUCACUGUCCUACUGCAGGAAAUGCGUGAAGCUUUUGAGCAGGAGGCCAAGCAGAUCAACAAGCCCAGGCUGAUGAUCACUGCUGCGGUAGCGGCUGGCAUCUCCAACAUCCAGUCCAGCUAUGAGAUCCCUCAGCUGGCCCAGUACCUGGACUACAUCCAUGUCAUGACCUAUGACACUCACGGCUCCUGGGAAGGCUACACUGGAGAGAACAGCCCCCUAUACAAAUACCCAACUGACAUGGGCAGCAAUGCCGACCUCAAUGUGGAUUACGUCAUGAACUACUGGCAGGACAAUGGGGCCCCAGCUGAGAAGCUCAUCGUUGGCUUCCCCACCUAUGGCCGCACCUUCAUCCUGAGUGACUCCUCCAACACUGGCAUCGGUGUCCCCACCUCUGGCGCUGGUCCUGCGGGGCCCUACACCAGGCAGGCUGGGUUCUGGGCCUACUAUGAGACCUGUAGCUUCCUGAAAAAUGAAACUACUGAGGUAUGGGAUGCUCCUCAGGCUGUGCCCUAUGCCUAUCAGGGCAAUGAGUGGGUUGGCUAUGAUGACGUCAAGAGCUUCAGUAUCAAGGCUCAGUCGCUUAAGGAGAACAAUUUUGGAGGUGCCAUGGUCUGGGCCAUUGACCUGGAUGACUUCAAGGGCAAGCUCCCCCUGGUCAACACCCUGAAGAAAACACUUGGGCUGCAGAGUGCAGGUUGCACUGCCCCUGCUCAGCCCAUGGAGCCCAUAACUCCUCCCAGGAGUGAAAGUGGGAGCAGGAGCAGCAGCUCUGGGGGCAGUUCUGGGGGCAGUGGAUUCUGUGCCAGAAAGGCCAAUGGCCUCUACCCUGUGGCGAAUAACAAAAAUGCCUUCCAGCACUGCCUGAAUGGAGUCACGUACCAGCAGAACUUUGAGGCUGGGCUCAUCUUUGACACCAGCUGUGAUUGCUGCAACUGGGGGCGAAUCUGA